GAGCCGUUUUCGCUCGCUCCAUGUGGUUACCCCGCCAACCGCAACCAUCACCGGAGCAUUUCUUCCACUUGUGACAGCCGGCGAGAUUGUGAAAGAUGCGCUUAACGAGGAAUGCUACCGAGUUGAAGGAUGCCAAAAUCCGACCGCUACCCUGAUUCGCCUGUUCGUCGUCAACGCCGGAGACGAACGCAUCAGCGUAUCGACAGUUAUGGAGAAGCAGCGCUACGGACUCGAGAGCGAGAUGAACGCGGACCACUUCCACCGAGUCCAUCGAAGACGCGGGCGCAACGAGCGGCCAGGCGAGAAUCUCGGGAAGCAACGCGAUACAGUAAUUCGAACAGCACACAACUUUCUUCUGACCAACUAGCUAAGCUCGACCGUAUCAACCGCAAGCUUGGUUGGGAGGAGUACGAUGGGAUCAGUCAACGACCUGGGCAGGAUCAGGGAGAAGACAGAACGCAGGCGGAAUUGGGUGAAGAAGAUCAACGAAGAAUAUACAGGCAACAGCGACGGCCUUCCGAUCGGCGAUAUGAUUCUGGGCGGAACCACAUCUCACAACCGCCAGCUGAGAAUCGAUUCGGAGAUUAUCGAACUGCUAAGACAUCGGAGGAUUUCCGACCAUAUGACCACAAUCAUGACUUCCAACCUCGAGAUUAUAGGCGCUCUAGCGGCCAGCCUAUGCUUGAACGAAACUCCGCCUACGAUAACGAAAAGGUGCUGUAUCUCCACAAUCAGCGCAAUAGACACGGCCACACAGCACGACAUCACGAUGAGGAGGCCAAGAGACGGAGAAGCGUCUGGAUGAUACGCAUUGGUCUCAUCGUCCUCUUACUCGUGCUUAUCGUCGCUGUGCCAGCCGCGGUGGUGGUGUCGAAGAAGCACAAAAAGUCUACCGAUCCCACAAACACCAACAUCCACGGCGUAUCGCCUUCCAGUAUACCUAAAUGGGCUCAAGGCGGGUAUCUCGAUCCCUUCGACUGGUAUGAUACCACGGACUUCAACCUGACUUUCACGAACGCCACUGUUGGGGGACUUUAUGUGAUGGGACUGAAUAGCAGCUGGAACGAUAACACGCGAGCGAAUGAUAACGUGCCACCGCUGAGCGAGAAGUGGAAUUAUGGCACGCUUCCAUACCGAGGAGUCAAUCUUGGAGGCUGGCUGAGCAUCGAGCCAUUCAUUACGCCUUCUCUUUUUUCCAGCUUCGACAGCAGUGCCGGUGUCGUCGACGAGUGGACUCUCUCCAAAACGCUAGGACCGACCAAGGCCCGCGAGACGAUCGAGAAGCACUACUCCGCCUGGGUCCAAGAAUCGACCUUUGCAGAAAUCCAAGCCGCCGGCUUCGACCAUGUCCGCAUCCCCUUCUCUUACUGGGCCGUGACGACUUACGAAGGCGAUCCAUACGUUCCCAUGAUCUCAUGGAGAUAUCUGCUGCGUGGUAUCGAGUGGGCACGCAAGUACGGUCUGCGUAUCAACCUAGACUUACACGGUGCACCCGGCUCACAAAACGGUUGGAAUCAUUCCGGCCACCAAGGGCUGAUCGGCUGGCUUAAUGGAACGGACGGAGACCUCAAUGCCCAGCGAACGAUCGAUGUGCACAAGCAACUCUCCACCUUCUUCUCCCAGCCCCGAUACCAGAAUAUCAUCACGAUGUACGGCCUGGUCAACGAGCCCCGAAUGGACGCCCUCCCGCAUCAAAAAGUACUCAAUUGGUCCGCGAACGCAAGCGCCGCUAUUCGAGCCAGCGGCUACGACAAUCUGAUAAUUAUCGGCGACGGCUUCCUCGGUCUCCAAAAUUGGCACGGCCUACUCCCAGGAAUCGAAGGACUCGUCCUCGACGCCCAUCAAUACCUCAUCUUCGACACGAGUCUACUGGGAAUGACGCACGAGGACAAACUCAUCUUCAGCUGCCGCGGCUGGGCCCAGCAGACGACACAAUCCGUCAACAAAGCCAGCGGCUUCGGCCCCACGAUGUUCGGCGAGUGGUCGCAAGCAGACACAGAUUGCACGCAGUACCUCAACGACGUCGGCGUCGGGUCACGAUGGCAGGGGACGCUCAACGAGCCGAACACGCCCGGGGGUUCCAGCUCUGGAGUCGUGCUGACGCCCAGUUGUCCCACGCACAACAAUCCGCCCUGCUCUUGUGCGCAGGCGAAUGCGGACCCGUCCACGUACUCGGCGGCGUACAAGCAGUGGUUGCUGAUGUUUGCCGAAUCGCAGAUGGACUCUUUUGAGUUGGGAUGGGGCUGGUUCUACUGGACUUGGGAGACGGAGAGCGCGGCGCAGUGGAGUUAUAAGGAUGGGUUGGCGGCGGGGAUUCUGCCUAAGUUGGCGUAUGAGCGGAGUUGGAAUUGCAAUAUGAGCAUUCCUGCGUAUGGGAGCGAUGUUCUACCCGAGACUUACUGAGGAGUUGCUCAUAGACAGUCGGUCCAGGCCAAAUUGGAGUGAAGCCGGGAUCGAUGAGGACUGAUACAGUGGCAGAACGUCGCCUAUACGUCACCCUCCACAGGGAAAAGAAGGAACCUUAGAUACACACGCAACCCCACGAACCCCCAAACC